AUGGGAAAGAGUCGGCAACGAUGCAUGAGCUCCGCUUCCUUCCUGUCGGGGAUGAACCCCGAUUAUGUGGCUCUUGGCGAAGUUGGUGAUCUCUCGCAAAUGAUCCAGGGAACCGGCGAUAACAAGGCGAGGGAGACCGCGGCCAAGCUUCAGGAAGCUUUGGCGGCCUUGCAGCCCAAGGACUACAAAGACCUGUUCGAACGCCACGCCAUUCCCCACGAGAAGCAAAAGCUGCCAAGCCUGGAAGAUGAUGAUGAGGAUGAGGAACCCUGCUUCUGCGCGAGGGCUGAGUGGUCUGCCGCCGGCGGCGCGGAGCGCAGUAGCAACAAGGCAAGAGCCUCCACUCGGAAACCCGCCGUGACGGUGAACAGUACUAUGGACGCGGACGAGAUCAGCUUGCAGAAUCGACGGUCGACUAGCAGACUCAGUUCACUCUCCGACCUAUUGCCUCAGCUCGUGUUCAUGCCCACUGGCUUCUUCAGGACGACUUGGGAUUUCAUCAACAUCCUCAUCCUAACGGUGGAGCUGAUUCUCUUGCCGCUGCACGUCUUCGAUGCAAUGGUGCCUACCCCGUUUCUCAUCGGCCUCUCAUGGAUCAUCCAGAUCUUCUGGAAUUUGGACAUUAUCGUCCACUUUCGAACGUGCUUCUACAUGCGCGGCUAUGCCGUCAAGGAUGCCAGGAAGAUUGCCCAGCGCUACCUCAGAGGAUGGUUCCUUUGCGAUUUUUCGAAUGUCUUGGCAGACUGGUAUUUAGACUCCAGAGCCUCCUACGCAGCGGCCGUCCUCUCGGAGGUUGACUUCACCAGCGAUCUCUACUGUGUGGUCAUCAUAAAGUUUCUGCUGCGCCUUGUGCGCUUUGCGAAGCUCAAUGGAAUUGCGCAGUCUCUCAUCCGCAGGCUCAACUCGGACACCGCAAUCGCCAAAGCCAAAAUAUUUCUCCUCUCGUGCCAGAUACUGCUUAUGCAGCAUGUGAUGGCCUGCAUCUGGUACAAAGUUGGCGUGGUCUCAAACGAAGGCUGGGUGAGCCAAUUCGAGUUCUCCGAGAAAGACAUGGACUACAGGUAUACCACAGCUUUGCACUGGAUGUUUUGCCAGCUGGGCUUUGGAUCCACUGGCAUUGAAGGGAGCACGACGCUGGAGCGUGUCUUUGGACUCAUUGUUGCGUUCCUGGCGCUGGUCGUCUUCUCCACACUUCUCGGUGCCAUCACGAGCCUCACGAACCAGCUGAACAAGGCUUCUGAGGAGCGCAAACACCAGUUUCGCCAGCUGAGGAAGUACUUGAACCAGCAUCACAUCAACGAGGACCUCUGCCUGCGGAUUACUGGCUUCCUACAGGAUGCCUACAGCCUUCGCCAGGCACGGCUAGCGGAUUCCCAGGUUGCACUGCUGGAGCUACUGUCCAAGCCCCUGCGCGGGGAGCUGCAAUAUGCGAUGUACGAGAGAUGCCUUGAG